AUGGGUCAUUUCCUGUGGCCGGAGCCGCUGACGACCGCGCAGCUCAAGCGGCUGGAGGAGCACAAGUACAGCGCCUCGGGUCGAUCCCUUCUGGAGCCGCCGUGUCAGAUCUACUGGAACUGGCUCGUCCAGCAAAUCCCGACAUGGGUCGCCCCGAAUACUCUCACAAUCGUUGGCCUGCUUGUCAACAUCGUCUCCACACUUUUGCUAGUGUUUUACUGCCCUACUGCCACCGAGGAGGCUCCAGCGUGGGCCUUCAUCCUGAGUGCCAUGGGCCUGUUCAUGUACCAGUCUCUGGACGCCAUCGACGGCAAACAGGCGCGCAGGACCAACAGCAGCUCGGCCCUCGGCGAGCUAUUCGACCACGGCUGUGACGCCGUCUCCACAGUGUUUGUCGCUGUGGGAACGUGCAUCUCCUGUGGCCUAGGCAGAUACCCUCACUGGAUAUUCUUCUGCGGCUUCAUCGGGAUGUUUAUGUUCUUCUGCGCGCACUGGCAAACCUACGUCUCCGGCACGCUUCGUUUCGGCCUGGUAGACGUCACCGAGGCUCAGUUUGCCAUCAUGACUAUGUACCUGAUGUCCGCCUUCGGGGGGGUGAGCCUUUGGCAAACCACGUUUCCAGUCAUUGGAGUAAAGCUGUACGCCCUCCCCAUCAUUGGCAUUAGCGGCGGGGCCCUCUACUCUUGCCACAACUACUUCCACGUCAUUCUCAAUGGCGGCGUGGGCAAAAACGGAUCCACCGUGGCGGACACCAGCGUGCUAAGUCCCAGUUUGCACAUCGGCCUCAUCCUCACGCUGGCCUUCAUCAUCUUCAAGAAGUCGUCCAGUCAGCUCUUUGAGCACCACCCCUGCCUCUACCUGCUUGCCUUCGGGAUGGUUAUCGCCAAGAUCUCCAACAAGCUCGUUGUGGCUCACAUGACAAAGAGUGAGCUCAACCUCGCAGACACAGCAUUUAUCGGUCCGGGGCUCCUCUUCCUCAACCAGUACUUUAACAGCUUCAUCGACGAGCAUGUAGUCCUCUGGAUCGCCAUGGUGCUGUCCCUAGUGGACUUGGCACGUUACUGCACGGGCGUUUGCCACCAGAUCGCCGGCCACCUGCGCAUCCAUGUCUUUAGCAUCACGCCGUCCGGCCCCGCCCACCGCGACUGA